CAAAAAUAAUUUAUUUUCAAUUUGUCAGUAAAUCAAGUUAUCAAUGAAAAAUAUUCAUCCAUCAAAUGAAUCAUCAUGACCAAUACUAAUCCAGCAUUUGCUUUUGUAGUCAAUUCCAUUUUGAAUAAAAAUAAAAAUUUGAAAAUUUUAUCAAAAGCCAAAAAAGAAAAUACAUCAUCAUUAUCGAACGACAAUGAACAAACAACCGAUAAUGAUAUCGAUUUUGUUGAUUCUCAAGGUCGACCCAUGAAAAAAGAGGAUCAAAAUCAAAACCGACAGAAAAGACAGGCAAAAGACAAUACCAUUCAACGAAAAACUAAUCAUCCAAAUGUGCAAACUUGGAUAUCGAAACCAUUGGAUGAAGAUCGGGAAAAGGAAAGAAAUCUAACUCUCAUCGCUACCAAAGGUGUUGUACAAUUAUUCAAUGUUGUUCGCGAAAAGCAAAGAAUCCUCAAACACAAACUAGAAGAAGCUGGUAGUUCGGAAAGUAAAAGAACCAAAGUUCUGACCGAAUUUAGCGAAAAAGAGAUGCAAGAUGAACGAAUAACCAAAACCAACUUGAAGAAAGCGAAGAAUAAUCCAGGUUCGAAGAAAAAAUGGCCCGUAUUAGCCGAUGAUUUUAUGACCGGAGCUAAGCUUAAAGAUUGGAAUGAAGACAGUGACAAUGAUUGAGUUUUUAUUUUAUUUAAAAAAAUCAGUUUUGUAAAAAAAAUCUCAAUUUCAACCUUUAAUCAAA